CUAUAAAAGUUUCCAUUUCAACACCGAAAUUUUAGUCGACUUCCAUUAAGAGCAUUCUCACUGCAUCGAGUUUUGACCGGCGGAGAACAAAUUAGAGGUCGCAGCGAUGGAGUCGGCUUUGAUGGCAUGCACAAACAUGGUCGUUGGAGCUCAGGCUUUAAACACCGUCACAAGGACGACGACGACGACGACCAGACACGAGCAGCUGAGCUCGGUGCGCCGUCUUGGUGGAUUCCGGUUGAGUUCGGCGAGGAGCGUCAGUGUUCGUACACCACUAAGGCGGGGCCCGAUUGUGGUGAAGGCGGAGGAGGGAGUGACUGACAAGGUGCAGAAUGCUGCUGGAGAUGCAGCUAACAAUGUGAAGGAAGCGGCUGGCACUGCCAAAGACAAAGUGCAGGACGCUGCGGGCGCGGCCAAGGGAAAAGUAGAGGACACCGGAGAUUACUUGUCCGGAAAAGCUGGUGAGGCUCAGGAUAAAGCCACGAGCGUGGGACGCGAUGCGCAGAACGAAGUUUGGAAGCUAGGCGACAACGCUGCCGAUGCAGGUAGGGAGAUGGAGGACAGUGCAAAGAGCGCGAGCAGGGACGCAAGAGGCGAGGCUGAAAACCUUGAUAACAAGGCUCAAGACGCCUUAGACAAUGCUGGCGAAUCUCUAGAGAAAAAUGCUGACAAAGCGUCCAGCGCCGCUCAGGAUGCCGGUAGAGACGUGCAAGGGAAGGCUGAAGACGCUGGUGACUUUGCACGCGACACUGCUCGGGAUCUGAAGAAGGAUGUUCAAAAGGGUACCGACCGCAUUUCAAGUUAGAAAGAAGUAUUAAAACGUUGGUUCUUCGUAAACUUGCUUGUAUGAAUGUAACGAAGUGUGUAUCUUGUGGCGGCAGUUCAACCAUGCUUUGUAAACUCUAAAUUGCUGAUAAGGUGUCUACAGUAUGAAAUGCAAUUUCAUCUACCUGUCAA